AUGCCGGAUACGAGCGCAGAUGAUCAAAGCGAUUAUGAAAUCAGAGAAGCUAUUGCUGCGUCUUUGGAAGGCAUGAAUUGCCCUACUAGGAAUCAGGGGGAUAUCGUUGAUUUGACUGGUGACACCGAUGACGAUGAAGUUGUACCAAUCCAUCCAAAGUCGAAGUCAGCCAUUGAGGUUGAUAUAGACGACGACGCAACGGGAGGCUCUGAUGAAUAUGAUGAGGACCUGCAGAGGGCAAUCGAGUUAUCCAAACAAGACCUUGAACAUGACGAAGAAGACUCUCUGGAGGCACAUAAUAUUUCAGCGAGCCAGCCCCACGAUUCGAAGCCUGGUUCGUCGCGUAAAGAUAUAACUUUACCACAGGAACAGAACAUACCACAACCUCUGGGCGUUUUGGGCUUAGAUCGAAUGAAGAUGGAACAAGAACGCCUUGCUCGCCUUGCCAAAAGGAAAUCUGAACAUGCCACCUUGAUUGACGAACGCGAAACAAAACAGUUGAAAACCGAGACACCUCUCAAUCUGCAUGUGAAACAGGACGUCAAUAGCUUAACAACUACAAAGAAUGAACCAUCUAAUCUUGGUGAUGCGGGUCCAACUGGUUCUAAUAAAGAAUUAACAGCUUUAACCCCAUCUUCCAGGCCUUCUGUGCAAUUUCCCUCUGGGGUGGUCAAGAAAACAUGGGUAUAUUCUUGUUCAAGACUUGGUGAUGAUAUCAAAAUUGAAGAAGUUCUCCAGAAAGGCGACCUGGACCUGGCUGUUCUGAGCUCUUUCAUGUGGGAUAUGGAGUGGCUUUUUUCGAAACUCGAUACAAAGAACACUCGAUUAUUGUUGAUGAUGCAGGCCAAGGAUGAAUCUACAAAACGUCAAUACGAGUCAGAGACAGCAUCUAUGAACAACCUCAGAUUAUGUUUCCCACCAAUGGAUGCACAGGUGAAUUGCAUGCACUCAAAACUGAUGCUCCUCUUUCAUAAAGAAUAUCUCCGAAUCGUGGUCCCGACCGCUAACUUGACUGCACUUGACUGGGGUGAGAUGGGAGGUGUCAUGGAAAAUUCUGUUUUUUUAAUCGACCUUCCAAAGAUAGUCGACCGAUCCUCUGAUAACUUAAAACCUAUAUUCUACGAGGAUUUGGUUUAUUUUCUGAAAGCCAGCACCCUGCACGAUAAUAUCAUUUCCAGGAUUGACAACUAUGACUUCAGCCAAACUAAGCAUAUUGCUUUUGUUCACACCAUCGGCGGCUCACAUACAGGAGAUGCAUGGAAACGGACGGGUUACUGCGGCCUGGGUCGUUCAGUAAAUGCACUUGGGUUAAAGCAGCUCUCCGUGCCGGUAAACAUCGACUUCAUUACAUCGUCCCUUGGGUCCUUGUCCAAUGAGUUUUUGCGGUCCUUAUAUCUCGCGUCACAAGGUGAUGAUGGAAUGACAGAGCUAACCCUCCGGACCGCCAAAUCAUUUUCCACGAAGAGUCGUACUGAUCCGAAACAACUGAUCUCGAAAGAUACCGCUGAGGAGUGGAAGGAGAGAUUCAGAGUUUACUACCCCUCUAAUAAAACAGUAAAAGAUUCACGAGGUGGUCCACGUUAUGCCGGCACAAUCUGUUUUCAAUCAAAAUGGUACGAGGGCCAAAAAUUUCCUCGCCAUGUGCUACGGGACUGCGAGAGUUCCAGACCAGGAAUGUUGAUGCAUAAUAAGAUCCUCUACGUGAGACCAGAUGCGCCGAUUUCCUUCAAGGACAACACCCAAUGCCGUGCCUGGGCGUAUGUGGGAAGUGCCAAUCUAUCAGAAAGCGCAUGGGGCCGUCUUGUCCAGGAUCGGACAACGAAAGAGCCAAAACUUAAUUGUCGUAACUGGGAGUGUGGUGUACUCAUACUUGUUCUCGACAAGGAAAAGGGCCAUCAAACUACUGCUACAUCGGUAAAUCAAAAGAACAAUACAAACCCUGAACCUGAGAAACUGUCUUCGUCCUCGAACCAAACAGGCAAGGAAGCUGAGUCGGCCAACACCUUAGACAUUUUCCGGGAUACUGUCCCUGUGCCGAUUUGUCUUCCUGGUUCUCGUUACGGUCUUGAUCGCAAACCAUGGUACAACUCAGUUUGA